UUCCUGCGGGUGCGAGCGAACCGGCAGAACGCUCGGAUUGGAAAAAUGAAACGGAGGAAGCAAGACGAAGGGCAGGUAUGUCCCCUCUGCAGCCGACCUCUGUCAGGAUCCGAGGAGGAGAUGAGUAGGCAUGUGGAACAAUGCCUUGCAAAGAGAGAAGGUUCAUGCAUGACUGAGGAUGACUCUGUGGACAUCGAGAACGAGAACGGCAACCGCUUUGAGGAGUACGAAUGGUGCGGGCAGAAGAGGAUACGGGCGACUACUCUCCUGGAGGGAGGAUUUCGAGGUUCUGGAUUUAUCAUGUGCAGCGGCAAGGAGAAUCCGGACAGCGACGCUGACCUGGAUGUGGAUGGGGAUGACACACUUGAAUACGGGAAACCACAGUACACAGAAGCAGACAUUAUCCCUUGCACUGGGGAAGAGCCAGGUGAAGCCAAAGAGAGGGAGGCGCUCCGAGGUGCUGUUUUAAAUGGUGGCACACCAAGUACUCGAAUAACACCGGAGUUUUCCAAAUGGGCCAGUGACGAAAUGCCCUCAACGAGUAAUGGUGAAAGCAGUAAACAGGAGACCAUGCAGAAGACCUGUAAGAACAGUGACAUUGAAAAAAUUACAGAAGACUCUGCAGUGACAACAUUUGAAGCGUUAAAGGCUCGUGUCCGUGAGUUAGAAAGGCAGCUUUCCCGUGGGGACCGCUAUAAAUGUCUCAUUUGCAUGGACUCCUACACAAUGCCCCUGACUUCCAUUCAGUGCUGGCAUGUGCACUGUGAAGAAUGCUGGCUGCGGACUCUGGGUGCCAAGAAGCUCUGUCCCCAGUGUAACACCAUCACGUCUCCCGGAGACCUUCGGCGCAUCUACUUAUGAAGGACCCAGCGGGAGGGCAGGACCCAGCUACUUGGCUCAGCUCAUCACACCAAGGGGGAGAAGAACGACAGCAACAACAACAAAAAAAGACAUUUUAAAAUUUAAAGGAAAAAAAAAUACAACAAACCAGAGACUCCAGACAUGGACUCGAGGAUACAGGAGCAGUGGGGAGCCUCAGCUCUCAGGUCCCGCAUGUUGAGACCUCCUUCAGCAUCUGCAGCGGGCAAAACCAAACCCUUUGUUGUGAAGCCCCCUUUUUUAAAACCAGUAUUCCCCAUCCACCCAUUCCCGGGAGCUGGCUUUGCAUCGCGGAUGGCUCGUGAGCCCUCCUUUGGACUGUGUUGUUGACCACUCUGCCCCCAGGAGACUGGGGAAGGGACCCUUGACAGAAAGAUGUUAAAUAACCUGUAACUUGUGUUCUUUGUUCAGUUUUUUUUGUUUUGUUUUUAUUUGUUUUGGUUUGGUUUUUGGUUUGGUUCUGUUUUGGUUUUUUUUGUGGUGUUCUAGUGAUAAAAAAAGGUUUAAAGAAAAAAAAAAACA